AUGGAGAAAGCGCUAGAAAAUUUAAAAACUAAUCCAUAUUUUGAAAAGUAUGCGACACGUAUAGCAGAUUUACAAAAAACAUCUCCUGAAGAGUUUCUUCAAAGAAUAGAACAACAACAGAAAACUAAAGAAGAAGAAAGAAAAAAGAAAUUUGCUUCAGUGGAUACAAGAAAAUUCUCUUCGGUUUUAAAUCCUAAAGAAACUUUAAAAGAAGGCUGUGAAGUCCAGGAAAAAAAACUGAAUGACAUUUUGAAAAUAGAACUGGUUCAAGAUAAGGAACCUACUGAGAUCCAAUCUCUCUGGGAGGAAUACCAUAAGCACAAAGAAGUAAUAUCAGCAACCAUCCCUCACGAGUCAUACAUACAUCUGCAGAACAAUAUGAAGCAGUGGGCCACCUUUUUGUUUCCUCUGCCUCGAGACCAGGGUUAUGAGUUCAUCAUGUGUCAGUGCUAUGGACACACUGUACACUUCACACCUCUCCUUGCAUACCAGGUGCACAAGGAAAAUGCUCCAGAAUGCCUCACCAUGGUGCACUACACUGAGCUGCUAGAUAAAGGAAUUGUCCUGAUGCGUGGAGAGUAUGACAAGAAUGUAUUGACCGGCCAAGAAGCACAGUGCUUGGCAAAUCAGUUUCAGAUGUACUACAGUGGUAAAGAUGCUGCCAAGACACAGCUACUGCAAACAUUUACAACAAGUCCUGACACCUUUAAACACAUGGACCUGAUAAAUCAAUUAGAAAGUAUUAGUUUAACUUAA